UGACACUCUCCCUGUCCUCAGUUUCUCUGCUGUGGUUGGAGAAAUCUUUCUUCACGAGCUGGAAAGAGAUGGCUUCAAGGAUGCCUUUCCCUCUCCCAUGGACAACAAUGAACCUGUGAUUGAACCUCCGUCUGACUUUCCCAUCACCUUCCAUGCCAAUCUUCUGGAUCACCCCGACUUGCCCCGGUGGCUACGCUACUUUCAACGCACCCCCUUUGACACGGGAUAUCUCUACGGCUCCCCCACAACCAAAGAUGUUGGCAAGCAGACAAUUCAGGUGAUGGCAUAUAACCGGCACACCUAUGAGACUGUCAUGCAAACAAUGAUCAUAAACAUUUUCUUGUCUCCAGAUGGAGAGGUGCCGUAUCAAGCUGAAUUCUUGGUGAAGAAUUGGGAUAUAGAGGAAAUGCUACCUCUGGAUGCCCAGGAACGUUUCCAAGAAGCUGUGGACAGCAUGUGGGAGCAAGAAGGCUUGACGGUUGUCAAUAUUACCUCAGCCUUGGACCGGGGAGGCCGGGUACCAUUGCCGUUUGAAAACAAGAAGGAAGGGGUUUACAUCAAGAUAGGUUCCAAGGAUCCAUUCACUAACUGCUUAACAGAGGCCAAGUCCCCUGUCAACAGUUACCGGUGUAAGCUGGAGCAGCAACCGGUCAUGACCUGUUACGACAGCUUCAGCCCUCGAUUCCAGGUGGACUGGUGCAAUUUGACCUUGAUAGACCUCACAAAGAUGAAUGCCACAGAAAUGGUGCCAAUCUAUGGAGACGGGGUGCUUGAAGAGGGCAGUGAAUUCAGCCCUCCGGACGAUGCCUCUGACAGGACGUUCUUCUGGGACUUCUUGCUUACUUUCCUCCUUCCCUUCCUCUUGGGUCUUCUCCUCUCUCUCAUCCUGGCCUACAUCAUGUGCUGCAGGCGGGAAGGCGUGCACAAAAGAGACCUGAAGACCUCAGACAUCCAGAUGGUGCAUCAUCACACCAUCCAUGACAACACUGAGGAACUGAGGGAUAUGGCCAGCACCCGAGAGGUGCCCCGUCCCCUUUCCACCUUGCCCAUGUUCAACGUCCGCACUGGUGAGAGGACCAACCCCAUGCAAAGUGCCCGCUAUGACAGUGCUCAGGUUCCUCUUAUCCUGGCUCAGCAGUGAACAUUUUACCAGGUCACAUCCAACUUGACCGAGGAGAAAAUUCCCACUGAAGAGAUCUCUCAAUAUUGAGACAACUUUGGUGAAAGCUCGGGAUGGUGAAUUUUGCUUUGCUGUGUGUUUUCCACUUUGAUAACUGUCGGUGACUGGGAAUGUAGGGGCUGGGUGGAUUUAUUUGGUAACUCUGCAUAUGUUUGCAGGUCUGGCCUUAAGUGUUUGGCUCCCUGGACAAAAUAAUGAUUUUAUUGCAACUUAACCAAUUGGUGGGGUGUUCAGGGCUGCUAUCACUAUGUGUUAGAGAUCUCUAGCUUUUUCACAGGACUACACUUCCCAUGACAGUCAAAACUUCUUUGAGUUUAUAAAGUAAACAUGUGCUUUGAUUACCCUCUUGCAACAUGGAGUGAUAAAAAGUUGCAUCUCCUCUUCUGUAUUGUUUUCUUUCCCCCAGUGAAUAGCC